AACGUGUGAUUUUCUUUUGUUUUUUUAAUGGGUUGUAUUCUUUUUCAUCCAGGACGCUGACGUCACAGCAACAAUGGCGGAGACUGCCGUCGUGGAUGUCAACACCGCCGCGGAGAGGACGACCCAAGCGGCCAUGGCCUACUUUCACGACGAGAUGAGUGAUGGGGAAAUGGCCCAACUGCACUUGGGAGAACUGGACCUGACCAGCGAUGAGUUGAUCUUGGAUGAAGUGGACCUUCACAUCCAGGCCAACUUGGAGGACGAGCUCGUCAAGGAGGCGCUGCAGACGGGUGUGGACCUUCGCCAGUAUUCCAAACAGGUGGAGGCGGAGCUUGAGCGGAUCGAGCAUGCGUCCAUCAAGGACUACAUCAAAGAGAGCCAGAACAUCGCUCUGCUGCACCAGCAGAUCAGCGCCUGCGACGCCAUUUUGGAGCGGAUGGAGGAGAUGCUGAGCGGCUUCCAGAGCGACCUGUCGUCCAUCAGCAGCGAGAUCCACACGCUGCAGCGCCAGUCGCUCGGCAUGAACGUCCGCCUGAAGAACCGGCAGGCGGUGCGCGGCCGCCUCGGCCAGCUGGUGGACGAGCUGUUGGUGCCCGGCGCCAUGAUCUCCACCAUCCUGGACAGUGCGGUGACGGAGCAGGACUUCCUGGAGCAGCUGCACGAGCUCAACAACAAGAUCAACCUGGCCAAGGAGCUCAGCUUCCGAGAGACGCUGGCCUGCGCUGACAUCCAGGACAUCGUGGACCGCCUCAAGGUCAAGGCGGUGUCGAAGAUUCGAGAGUUCAUCCUUCAGAAGAUCUACUCGUUCAGGAAGCCAAUGACCAACUACCAGAUCCCACAGAACACUCUGCUCAAGUACAGAUUCUUCUACCAGUUCCUGCUGGCCAAUGAGAGGACGGUGGCCAAGGAGGUGCGAGACGACUACGUGGACACUAUGAGUAAGAUCUACUUCAGCUACUUCAAGUCGUACAGCGGCCGACUGCUCAAAGUGCAGUACGAGGAAGUCGCUGACAAGGACGAUCUAAUGGGGGUCGAAGACACCGCCAAGAAAGCUUGUGGACUUUUUAGUGAACGAGUGAGUGGUUCCCAACGCAGCCCUGGACUCCUCGCCACAGGUUUCUUCUCCAAGCCGUCUCUGAAGAGCAGGAACACCAUCUUCACUCUGGGCCAGAGGGGCGCCAUACUGAGCCCCCCGGAGCUGGAGGGUCCCAUUCUGGUUCCUCACACGGCACAGAGAGGUGACAGCAGGUACCCGUACGAGACGCUGUUCCGCAGCCAACACUACGCCCUGCUGGACAACGGCUGCAGGGAGUUCCUGUUCCUGUGCGACUUCUUCAUGGUGGCGGGGAACUCCGCACUGGACCUUUUCAACAGUAUCAUGGGAAAGACGCUCGGCAUGUUCCUGAAGAGCAUGUCCGCGUACGUGUCGGACUGCUACGACGGCAUCGCGGUCUUCCUGUGCAUCCACAUCAUCCUGCGCUUCCGAGCCAUCGCCGCUAAGAGGAACAUUCCGGCUCUGGACAAGUACUGGGAGGCUGUGCUGGAGAUGCUGUGGCCGCGCUUGGAGCUCAUCCUGGAGAUGAACAUCCACAGCAUCAGGAACACGGACCCGCAGAAGCUGGGAGUGCUGGACACGAGGCCGCACUACAUCACACGCCGUUACGCGGAGUUCUCGUCGGCCAUCGUCAGCAUCAACCAGACCUUCCCCAACGAGAGGACCAACGCUCUGCUGGCUCAGCUGCAGGUGGAGGUGGAGAACUUUGUGCUGAAGAUGGCGGCGGAGUUCCCCUCCAGAAGAGAGCAGCUCGUCUUCCUCAUCAACAACUACGACAUGAUGCUCGGAGUGCUCAUGGAGAGGGCAGCGGAUGACAGCAAGGAGGUGGAAGGCUUCCAGCAGCUUCUGCUGGCCAGGACGCAGGAGUUUAUUGAGGAGCUCCUGUCGCCGCCCUUCGGGGGAAUGAUCUCCUUCGUGAAGGAGGCCGAGGCGCUGAUGGAAAGAGGGCAGCUGGAGCGGCUGAAGAACGACGAAGCUCGUAUCUGCCAGCUGGUUCGAGGCUUCUCGGGCACGUGGAAGCAGUCUGUGGAGGCCAUGAGCCAGGACGUCAUGAGGUCCUUCACCAACUUCAAGAACGGGACCGGAAUCAUCCAGGGCGCCCUCACCCAAUUGAUCCAGUACUACCACGGCUUCCACAAGAUCCUCGGCCAGCCGACGUUCCGCAGCCUGCCGGCCCGAUCCGACCUCAUCAACCUGCAUCACCUCAUGGUGGAGGUGAAGAAGCACAAGCCCAACUUCUGACGGCGCGGACAAGAACAAAAACCACUUCAAUCCACCAUCUGGUGAAGAAUGUUUUUGACAUCAUAUUUCAUUUCACCAGGAUUGGAGGAGAAAGUAAAUGUCGUGUGCUCGUCACUUCCUGGUUGUGUUGGAAUCAAUUACUCAUCGGGAUUUUUGCCAAGUGGACCCGGAUGGCUCCCACAAAUUCCGUCGUCGUGAUUGGGGAGCAGGGAAGGAGUGAACGUUCAAAAUCAUUCAUCAUUCCCUCCUCCCUAAUAAGUUGAAUAGUGAGGAUGAUGUUAGUUAUCAAUUAAUACUUCAUUUAUAUUAUAGCGUUUAUUUAUAGCGUCUCAUGAUGACUCCCAAAAGUGGCAGCAUGUACAAAUUAAAGUGGACCUAAAAUUGAGCUACGAGGAAGGCCACAAUCAACCACAACACCUUUUUUGCUCAAAAGAUUUGGGUUUUCAGUUUUUAGGCCAAGCAGAAUGGACCGUGUCGUGCCGGACCAGUUUUACGGUGUCACGGUGGAGUUUUGAAGCUUCCGCUGUGGUAUGAGAAUUGAGAAUCGGACUUGGAUCAGUUUUGCUAAUCAUUUCUUCAUUUGAGGAGCAAUUGUUUGGAGCUUCAUCGCACAGGGACCCAAAGCAAAGAUUUUAGGAAACAAUCAAAAGACAACAAUAUAAUGAAUAUUUUAGUACCCGAGAAAUUCUAUCAAUUAUUUGGGUCCACUCUAUUUUUUGCUUGGUUAAAGAACAAUUUGGAAUACAAAAGAGAAAAUAAGACCUUUCACUUAACACCAUACGACGACUAGGUUUCCUUUUUCUAUAUAAUCAGUUUUUAGUUCUUCAUUUCACAUUGUGCUUUUUUGCUUUUUCUUUUUGGAAUAAACCAUUAACAGCC